UCCUCCUCCUCGUCCUCCCUCUCGUUGGAUUUAGAGAGAGGAAUGAUUAUUGACACUGCAUCUCUCUCUUUAGUUCCUGAAACCAAAUCAGAGUUAAGUGAUGGAACAGUAGUGAGAGCAAGAUUUUGAGGUUUAGAGAUCCAAAAAUCCGAGCUUUGAAGCCAUGGAGAGGCACAGAUGCAAACUCUGCCACCGGCGCUUCUCCAACGGCCGCGCCCUCGGUGGCCACAUGCGCUCUCACGUCGCCCAUGUCCCUCGUCCCACGAGGGCUCAGCAACCCCUCCCCUCGCCGUGCGCAUCCUCGUCCUUCUUCCCGGCGGAGGAGGCCAAGGAUCCGGAGGCGGCGGCGUCGUACGGCCCCCGGGAGAACCUCAGGAGAAGUUUGAGUCUUGUCGAUCACAAGUUCGCCUUCUCCGUCCCCGCCACGGAGGGGGGAGGCGGCGGGUCCUAUCCCGUCGACCGGGAUGGCGAGAGCGACGCGGAGUCGUCCUUUCGACGGCGGUUCAGCCGCAAUCGCCGCCGAGAGGAUCCCUCCGCCGACGCUGAGCCGGUCAGCUCCAUCUCCGACGCCUCCCCCGAGGAGGACGUCGCCCGCUGGCUCAUGCUGCUCUCCCGCAACGCCUGGUCCAAGUCCGAGGUAGACGGCCACAGAUCCAACGGUUGGGAUGAAGCCAAUGAGGACGAAGAGGAUGAUCUCUAUUUCGAGGAGGAGGAAGAUGAGGAGGCGAAGCAGCCUACAGCCACCGCUAGAUCAUGGCGGAAGAGGACGAGGUACCAGUGCAGAACGUGCCGGAAGUUCUUCCGGUCGUAUCAAGCUCUCGGCGGCCACCGCGCGAGUCGCAAGAGGGCGGGAGUGGAAUGCAUCCCGAUUGCCGGAAUCCGAAACCACAGCGAUGACCCUUCUGACGCCAAUGCCGCCGAUCGCAACCCCAAACUCUUCGAAUGCCCUUACUGCUACAGGGUUUUCCCCUCCGGCCAGGCCCUCGGCGGCCACAAAAGAUCCCAUCGUCUCUCCACCGCAGCCAUUGCCGCCGCCAUCCCUGCUCGUCCCCUGCUGCCCGUCAAAGACUGUUUCAUAGACCUCAACCUUCCAGCUCCAUUGGAGGAGGAGGCCGAGCUCUCGGCGCUUUCCGUCGCAACGGAGUUCGCGUCAAAGUGACCUCCUUUCUCCAAUCAAAUUCCUCCCGGAGCUCAAAGACGCCAUCUUGGAGGCUGUUUGGUCAAUUUUUCAGAGGUGAUGCUAUAAACACCGAAAAAUAUCUUCUUUCCAAGUUAAUAUUCGAAUAAAAUACAAACCUAGGCUCAUCUUUAAUCGCUUUUUUCUCUUACGAUUCAUGCGAAUCCGAUUUGGGUUAUCGGUGACAGUUGCUGCUGUAGAUACUGCUCAGCAGAGUGGGACGAUGAGGGGGUUGAAGCCAGGAAAGCACUUUAAUUUACUGUUGUACGGUUAAAGACUAGUCUUUUGAGAAAAGCUGCUAUCUGUUACCGACGACGAAGAAUCAAACCAGAAGUGGGAACAGGAGAGUGUUCCCUUUCCUCUUCCUCCCUUACUAUGCUUUGGCAAGUUUGGCGAGCAGACACCACAGCUUCCUUCGUUCCCCUUUCGUGUCUGUCUCUUUCUCGUCUCCGUUCUCUGUGUCUCAUGCACCUGCAGGACUGUGCAGGACCUGACGAGGUCCCACGCGGCUGCUUCAAUCGUUGCUCGGGUAGGUAAGGCGAGUGCCGCACAGAUUCUUCCUUCUCCAUGGAGAUGCCCUGAGGUGACACGAACGUGGGACUGCACCAUUCGCGGGGUUCCGCUCACCGCGGAGGUGGAGUUUGGUGGAUGCGUUUUCGCCCCAACUAACCUGAGAGAUGCUCUAGAUAGUAAUCCCGCAACAAAUCCAAAUCCUCCGCGGUUCGUUCGUGCCAGCAGAGGAAGGUGAUAACCGACUUAUACUGAGAUCGGUGACUG